AAUAUAUGUGUGCGUUUGUCAAUGAAAAGAAAUUUAAUAUCAGUGUGUGUUUAUGUCAUCUCCCGCGUAAAAACGUUGAGAGUUUAGCAAUAUUAAUCAUUUCAUUUUUUUUCAACAGUUGAUAAUAUUUUAAGAUCUGAAUGUUCGCUAAAAGAUUAUGGGGACAAUAGAAAUCACAUUUCCUCCUGGAGGGCCAGGAAAAAUAUUGAAAUGGAGAGUCCGAAUGGAUACAAUGGUUUCAGCGGGUAGAGUGUUGUUUUUAUAUCAAAACAUCACUCCAGGAGCUGAAGAUAAUAAGAGUCCUGAGAAAAAAUACCGUGCUACAAAAUUUGGUCGUGUUACAAAAUUUUUGGUAAAGGAAGGAGAUGUUGUUCAACCUGGGCAAGUGGUAAUGACCCUAGAAGGAUGUCGUCAUCCUACUGUAAUGAAGGACUUAUGUGCAGAAUGUGGAGUAGAUUUAAGGGUUGAAGGAAUUGGUAAAGAAAAUGAAAAUAUAAAAAUAUUACAAGCUAGUGUACCAAUGGUACAUAGUGUACCGGAGUUAAAAGUCUGUCCAGAAUUAGCUGAAAAAAUUGGAAAAGAAGAUGAACAGCGUUUAUUAAAUGAUCGCAAAUUAGCAUUACUUGUUGAUCUUGACCAAACAAUUGUUCAUACAACAAAUGAUAAUAUUCCUCCUAAUAUGAAGGAUGUUUAUCAUUACCAACUUUAUGGUCCAAAUUCUCCUUGGUACCAUACUCGUUUAAGGCCUAACACUAGACACUUUCUUUCUGAAAUGAGUCGUUUAUACGAAUUGCACAUAUGUACAUUUGGAGCAAGGAACUAUGCACAUACUGUAGCAUCAUUAUUGGAUAAAGAUGGAAUUUUAUUUUCUAAUAGAAUACUUUCACGAGAUGAAUGUUUCGAUCCUGCGUCAAAAACAGCUAAUCUUAAGGCUUUAUUUCCUUGUGGAGAUGAUCUAGUAUGCAUUAUAGAUGAUAGAGAAGAUGUAUGGCAGGGAUGUGGAAAUUUAGUUCAAGUUAAGCCUUAUCAUUUUUUUCGUCAUACCGGUGAUAUACAUGCACCACCGGGAUUGGAGAAAAAUGAUGUGUCGGUUCUACCCGAAUUACAAAGUACAAAUGAAAUGAAUAACGAUGAUAAUCCAGAUGAAUCGGGUGUUAAUGGUGCACCUGAAUCGACAAAUGAAGAAGCUGCAACAGAUAAUAGUUGUAAAGAAGAAAUUCAGGAAAUGACUGAAAAUAAAGAAAAUGUAAAUGAGUUUUUAGAACAGAACGAUGCGAAUACCAAAGAUGAUACCAACACUAAUUCCGAUUUAAAUCCUAACACGAGUAAAGAAGAUGAAGAUAAUAAAACAGAAGAAGCGAAAGAAAAUUCAAUAUCAGCUGAUUUAACGCAAGAUGUUAAAAGCGAGGAUAAAAUUUCGAAUGAAAAUAAUAUUAUAGACGAAGACGACGACGAUUAUUUAUUAUAUCUGGAAGAUAUUCUUCGGAGGAUUCAUGCCGAAUUUUAUGCUACUAUAGAAAAAGAAGGUCGCGCUUCGUUACGAGAUAUUAUUCCACGAGUUAGGGCACAAGUAUUGAAAGGAGUACAUAUUACUUUUAGUGGAUUGAUACCUACUCAUCAGAAACUUCAUCAAAGUCGCGCGUAUAAAGUAGCUAGGGCAUUUGGAGCAGAAGUAUCACAAGAUUUGACAGAUAAAACUACCCAUUUAGUUGCUAUUAGACCAGGUACAGCGAAGGCCAAUGCCGCCAAGAAAAAUCCAAAUAUAAGAAUUGUAAAUCCAGAUUGGCUUUGGACAUGUGCGGAACGUUGGGAACAUGUCGAUGAACGUUUAUUUCCACUUACUGCAAAGGGUCGUGCUUCUAGAAUACCACCACCACAUUGUAGUAGCCCAGAACGCAUAGAAGAACAAGAGAAAAAUAUAGAAGAUAGUUUUGCUGAUAGUAUUAAUCCGCUAAUGUCAUUUACACCAGAAGAAAUAGAAAUUAUGGAUAAAGAAGUUGAAGAAGAUAUGGAUGAUCAAGAAGCGGAUGUACCUGUUUUCGAUGUCGAAGAAGUAGAAAGUGCAAGGGAUAUUGAGGAGUUAGGAGAAUUAGCGGAGAUAGCAGAUAUAGGUGAUACAGAAGAGUGUGAUAAGAAAAGUUAUAGGGAUUCGGAUUCUGAAGAUUUGAAAUGUAGAAAAAGAAAGAAGAGGAAUGAGAAAAAUGAGAAAAAGAAGUUACUUCCGGAUAGGAAGAGAAAAAAGUUUUGUAAUGAAAGUUCUGAAGAUGAUACUUCUUCAAGUGAAAACGAUGAUGACGAUGAUGAUGAUGACCCUGUAACACGUUUCAGAAGAGGAGAAAGUUUGCCUGAUGAUUUAGAUUUGGGUGAUAAUUCGCAAGAUUCAGUUGAAGAUCUUGAAUUAAUGGACAAUGAAGAUGAACGAGAAUGGAAUGCAAUGGGUGCAGCUCUUGAAAGAGAAUUUCUUUCAGAGUAAUUUACUGUAGGAUGGCUUUCUUUGCUUUUUUAAUCAGAUUCUUACAUUGAUUGUAAAUUUCAGAUCGGUGAAUUUUAUUAGUUAUUGAUAAUAUUUAAAAUAAUUUUACAAGGAGUUUGUAGAGUUCUGACUCAAAUAGUUUAAGGUAAUUUUAUAAAGAGUUCAAAAUAAUAAUGAAUAAGCUUAAUAAGAAAAAAUACGAAGCAUCGUUUUGUAUUUAACUAUUACAAUUAAACAGACAAAAUCAAAUAUCAUGUUUUUAAUAAAUUAUAGUUUUAUUAACAUCGAUUUUGUCAGUUUCUAUUAAAAUUGUGCGUACACGCAUUACCGCGUGUAAGCACGUGUAAAUAAUGAACAUAUGCUUAUUCACAUGUUUAAGAUGAAUUUUAACAAUUAGCUAUUCAAAUAAUCAGACACAUUUUUAUUCUCGAAACUUAUAUUUCAAUUUAAAAUAUACUACACAAUAAAUCAUGAUUUUUGUUUCAGAAAUUUCGUUUAUUUAUUAGUUGGUAACAGAUUUAAUUAGUAAGUUACACUGGGUCUAGUGCAUAUGGAUCAGGAUGAUUUUCAUCUUUCUUAUGUUUCACGUAAGUUUUUCUGCUCGAGAAAUCUCGUAUGUUUUCCAGUCUUCCCCUCUCUACUGGUUUAGUGAAAUCAUACAUCGAUGGUAAUUUUCCAAAUAGUUCAGCAUCUUCUUGCACAGUCUCCCUAAUUUUAUACAAUAAUAGGAAAUUAUUUACCAACAAAUUUUGAAUCAUUUAUUUCACAGUUAUUUAAACAUUUUCAUUGAAAAAUAAGGUAUAUUUACAUACCUAUAUUUUGCUGCAAUAACUGGUUUGCCAGUUACAGGAUCUACAAUAUUUCCAAGUGGAUAAAUGACUUCAACAAUCUAUAAUUAGAAAAUAUAAAACAUUACAUUAGAAUUUUGUUAAAAUAUUAGGUAUUAAUGUUUUACUUUUUAUAUAUACAUACCUUAUGAGUAAUGAAGCGGGUUAAUUUUUCAGGUAAAUUUUGUAUUAAAACUGUAUCACCAGUUUUACAAAGUUUUUCUGGGUCAGUAGCAUAAACAAAUUCAAAUGUAGAAAAGUGCUGUAAACAAUUACAUGAUAUGUUAUAAACAAUCAUAUAACCUUAAUUAGGCAUUCAGAAUUACACAUGCUACAAUUUACGUACCAUUGAAAGAUAGUCAUCAAAUUCUAAACGACGUACUCGUAUUUUAGCAGCAUUAUAUUUAUUAGAAGGAACACAUACACCUAAUAAAUAG